AUGGCUAACAACCUGCCGCCAGUCUCCAUCAGCUCAAUCGUCGUCAGCAAUGGCCGACGGAAAGGUCUUUUGAGCAUCGUACCCAAUGCCUAUCCAGCAUUGCGUCUACUUGGAAAGCCAGAUGCUACGGACUACAGACCCAUUUCGCUCGAUCUUGAGGAUGAACUCGAAAUCCACUUCACAUUCAUAACGCGACAGAACUCCGGGCCCCUUCCUGCGACUCCCUCGACGGCUACCCCCGCAGUAGAUGCAACAAUAUCCGGGCUGACUUUCGCCUAUGCCCAGAAUGCUAAAGAGCUGGAUACCCUCGUAACACGCGAGUUUCACGCCGACCCAAAUCUACACAAGAAUUCCAAUGUCCAGUUUAUCGGGGAUUUUGGGACGCAUGGGAGUCAUGCGGUUACAUACGAAUGGACUUGGCACUGGAAACCCCCCAAGGCUCAAGAGGACAAGGGUGGAGGCUGGCGCAACUGCUGCAGUUUCCUUGAGUAUGAUUCCAGAGCCCACAGACUCAAUACCCUCGCGUCCUUUUCGUUCUGGGUCCAAAACUCGACCCUUUCAACUGGAUUACCGCUUGCUUCUCCGGGCCUGGAAAUACCGAUCCCGCCUCCGAGGCAUAGGAUGCCGUCGUCGCAGUCAUACCAGUCCGCGGUCAGCGACUCAGAGGGCCCUUCUGAGCCACAGGUUCCAGCUUCGCCACCGAUGCGGCCCAAAGACAGCCUCCUCAGUGCGCCAACCUCGGCGCCUUCGCUCCCUGUUAUCGACGUCCAGUGCGCAAGGCCGGGGGAAGACGUUAGCACCGUCGAGGACGGCCCGGUUUUCCGAGCCACCAUGAAGGCCUUGGAGCAGAAGACGGGGACUAUGAAGGUCCAGAUCAAGAAGGUGCUGAAGAAAGCCGAAGCGGCACAGCAGGCACAGGUGGAGUGCAACCAGGCCAUGUCCGAGUUUUUACGAGCGCUUCAAGAGGCAUCCAUGUCCAAUGCAACGGCUUUCAAGCCUGCUCUCGACCACUAUUUUCUGAACAUUGCUCAACAAAUACUGAAAUAUGAGAAGGGAAACAGCACGCUGUUACAGAAGCAGAUCAUCGAUCCCAUUUCAAAGCUGUAUAAUAUGGACAUCAAACAAGUCGAGGCAAAGAAAAAGGACUUUGACGAUGAGAGUCGAGACUAUUACGCCUACGUGGGCCGGUAUCUUGGUCAGAGGCAAGAUUCUCUAAAGGACAAGAAACGUGCAGAGAGUGAUUCUAAAUAUCAGAGCAAGAGGAAGAAUUUUGAGCUCAAGCGAUUCGAUUAUUCGACUUUCAUGCAAGAUCUUCACGGUGGCCGCAAAGAACAAGAGCUCCUCUCGCAGCUCACAAAAUAUGCCAAUGGCCAGGCCAAGGCAUUCCUCGCCACUGCGAAGAAGGUGGAAAGCCUAACUCCACAGUUGGAUGCUCUCGUCAAAGAGGUCUCCGAUGCUGACAAAGAAUACAACUUGCAAAGGACGGAAAGAGAGGAGAAGAGAAGAAAUCUCGAGAAGAAUGGGCCAAUUUCCGUGGAUCCCGAUUCCCAUCAUCCUCCCCCGACGUCGGCUCAAGCGGCAGCACAAAAUGGCCAUGGGGGCUAUCAGUCAGAUACUGAUCUGAGCCGGGCGGAUAGCACCAGCUCCCAGUUUGGCCAUGCAUCGAUCAAAACCUUAUCGCCUACGACGAAUUCAGCGUUACCUGCGGGCACUGUCCUAUCGACAUCGCCGAGCGCAGCCUCCAUCGCGCCAACGCCGAGCAAGUUUAAGGGUAUCCGUGAUCUUGAUGAAAGCUCAAUAUCCACGACCGACAAAUCGUCUGUGGGCCAGUAUCGUAAAGAAGGACUGCUAUGGGCAUUAAGCAAACCUAACUCCCAUAUCGACCCUAAAGGAGCCUGGCACAAAUUCUGGAUCGUGCUUGAUCAAGGGAAACUCUCUGAAUACAGCAAUUGGAAGGACAAGUUGGAUCUGCAUCGCGAGCCAAUUGACCUUCGCAUGGCGUCCGUCCGCAUUGCUCGAGAUGCAGAGCGUCGGUUUUGCUUCGAAGUCAUCACGCCUCAGUAUAAGCGAGUUUACCAAGCCACAACUGAGGAUGAGAUGAAUAACUGGAUCAAUGCAAUCAACAACGCGCUGCAGAGUGCCGUCGAGGCCGGCGGGCAAGUCCCUCAGCAAAGUCGAAAAGAACACGUCGGACGUGAAUUUGGACAGAUGUUCAGUGGUAAGAGCUCAUCACAAUCGGGCCCGCACGGUUAUUCGCACCGAAGUGACGCGGGCGGAGUGACACGGCGUAUUACUGUGGGUGCUAGACCCACCUACACAAGGACCAGCAGCAACAGCUACGAAGAGAACCCGUCCAAGCUGCUCGAUCUGAUCAGAAACAACGACCAUGGAAACCAGUUCUGUGCUGAUUGUGGCUCGGCUGCGAAGGUCGAGUGGGUAUCUCUGAAUCUGGGGAUUAUCCUGUGCAUUGAAUGUGGCGGGAUUCAUCGAUCUCUGGGUACACAUGUUUCCAAGAUUCGAUCCCUGACCUUGGAUGUGCACUCUUUUACCAACGAUAUCGUCGAGCUUCUCAUGCUGAUCGGUAAUCGAAUCAGCAACAUGGUUUGGGAGGCAAGGCUUGAUCGGGCUCUCAAGCCAGAGCCAAACGCUACCCGUGACCAGCGCCUGAAGUUCAUAACGGCCAAAUAUGUCGAGCGGGCUUACGUGGAGGCUGUGUCCCAAUAUGGGUCUGCCGACGAUACGUUACUGACCUCAAUCAAGAAGCAUGACCUUCAGGGAGUCCUCAAGGCUAUCGCCCAACGGGCCAAUGUGAACGCGCACGAUCGAUCUAGGAACACCCAUGCGGUGUUUCUGGCUCUCGCAGCUGCAGACCCAGCUCGUCCAGUGUCUUCCCACUCGAGCACACCGGCGGGAGCUGUCAGAGCCUUCCCAAUGGCUGAGCUAUUGGUGCAGAAUGGGGCCGAGAUCCCCGUCGAACUUCCAGCCAUACCCCUAUCUUCCGCCGCGCAGCUGUAUGUUGAGCAGAGAACAGCGCGCGCAACAUCCAAUUACGGCGGUGUCACAGACACCCUAGGGCCGUUGCCGAUCGUUCACAGGGUCUCCCCAUUGUCUUCUUCGUCAGACGGGUCCAACAAGCUUCAAAAGCGCGGUAGUGCAGGCGCAAGAUUUGCGGGCAAAGUGGCGAGUCUGGGAGAACGAUAG